AUGUUCAAAAAAAAGCCAACGAUCAAAAAUCUGUCUCCACUACGGUCUUCCGAUCGUAGGAAGAUCGCUGAUCAAAUUAUCAAGGACUAUCAGAUCCCCGUCUCCUCAAACCCCACCAAAGCAGACUCUACGCCCAGCACAGCAUCCGCCCCCGCCUUGAGCCUUACAUCGAUCCGAAAUGCCCUCCUGCCCGAUAACACCCAGACUGCUCGUUUCACAACCACCGCUGGUCCAGACCUUCGCGAGCUCCAAGGCAUCGUGUAUGUUGGCACACAUCCCGACGGCGAUGAGCGGGUGCUGUGGUUCAAGCUAGAACACGGCCCGGGGGCCGACAAACAACUAUACCCAACUGUCUAUACACUAUGGCACAACCCGAACAUAGUUCCCUUACUCUACACCCCGGAGUUCGUGAUGGGGAAGCUCCAUGGUGGAGCUGACUUAAUGACACCGGGCCUUGCGAAUGAGCCCCCCUUCCCCGAAAGGGCGGUCAAGGGCGCCGUUGUCGCGGUCGCAAGUGUAGACAGCCACACAGUGCCACGUUUUGUAGGCAUUUGUGAGAUCGAUGUUUCGGCACUGGGAGAGGUGCAAGGCACGAAGGGCCAUGCGGUCCGUGGGUUGCAUUGGGAGGGCGAUGAACUUUGGGCGUGGAGCUCUGCCUCACUGCCAGGUCGCCCGGCUCCAGAGUACUUAGAGGGCUGGGACGAGGAUGAAACUGAGGGCCUUGAGGAACAAAUCGAGGAGCUGAAAAUCGAGAAUGAAGCGGCUACAACCGCAUCGGGGGACAUUGACACACCAAGCAAUGACCCAGCUGCGGCAGAAGAACCCGUAGCCGAAGAUGAGGCACCAACAACAGAGGAAAUCGAUGAAGCGUUUGUUAGUGCCUUUGUCUACGCCCUCUACAAGCUCAAGCAGGAUAAUCCCUCAGCGACCGACCAUGGCCUUCCACUGCCAAUCACAGCUUCCGCAUUGAUAGCCAACUUCACUGCUCCUUAUCUUCCUGUGUACAACCCCCAACAGGCUCAGCAUUACAACAUCAAGAAAACCAGUUGGAAGAACGUCAAAAAGUUCAUGAAACAUCUAGACAAAUCGAAGCUUGUCAAAACCAAGGAACGUAAUGGUCAAGAGACCGUCAUUUUGGAUGUGGACUUUGAGGAUCAUCGAGUACAGCGAUUUGUACCGUACAGACUGCCUUCGCCACGUGCCCUGGAGAACACCAAGGCGGCCGCGCCUGAGGGCAAAAAGUCGGCAGGAACGGAUGGCUCCGACCCGUCGGUGGGCCAGACGAUCACUGUGCAAAGUCUAUAUCGGCCAUCAGGAAAGCUCGUGCCAAACAUUUUCCCUGCCCUCCCUGCCAGCGACACAAAUAACUUCUACAAAUACUCAGAUGUAUCCAGUCAUUUGGAUCAAUAUCUUGAAUCCCAAAAUCCGCCGAUCAUCUCGAAAGAGAACCGGCGCAUCAUAACCCUCAACCCAUUCCUCGCGAACUCCGUCUUCACUUCAUCGUCAACCGAAGACAAAGGGACACUUGCACGCGGCAAGGUCACUCGCGAUGGUCUUUUUAAACGACUCAUGGAUGAUAAGACGCUGCUCUCGCCAUACCAUGUCAUUUUGAAAACCGGUCAAACUAUUGCAGACGUCAAGCCAAAAGCAGGCACUGCACCGAAGGUUACUAUCACCCUCGAGAAACGGACAGGUAACAAGACCGUUACCAAAGUCAUGACUCUGGAGGUCUUCGGCAUUAUUCCUAGUCUCUUGGCACAGGAGCUUCAGAAGAAGUGUGCCGGUAGCACUAGUGUCACGCAGGCUACUGGUGCCCCCAAGGGAAUUAUGGAAGUUUUGGUUCAAGGCGACCAGCGAAAGGCCGUUGAGACAGCCCUUGUUCGUCGUGGAUUGAAGCCACAGAUGAUCGAGGUUGUGGAUAAGACCAAGAAGAAGAAAUGA